AUGGUCUUCCAUAUCAUUUUCCUCCCUUUUCUAUCACCAGGUGUGUUGCUUAGCAACAGAAGCCUUGUUGUUGAAUGGCGGCGACGGCUAAGAAAAAGAAUGGCAAAAAAAGGACAGAAACCUGCGACUAAUAACACUGGACCAUCAAAAUGGGAACAAGGUCUCGUACAAGCACAAUUAGAGGAGGACUUUUGGAAAGUCUGCACAGCUCUUCUUAUUGAAAAUAAACUUGAAGAUGCAGUAAAUGUGAACUUCUUAAACUCUGCCAUUGCUACUGGCUCUCGCCGCCUUUUUGGAAAAGUAACAAGACAGAAUCUGUUCCGAGAGGUACAUUUAUAUGGAAAUCCCAAGAACAGACCCAAAGAAAUUCCCCUCUAUGCAGAAGUGUGUGAAGCUUGUAAAGUUCAUCUUGAUAACAAAGAAGAGAUACCAGAUUUGUUAUUGGCAAAGCUCAUCAAAUACAAAUUGCUGGCUAUCAAAGCUGAAGAUAUCAAAAGAAGACAAAUUGGCAGCAAGGAAUUUGAAGGUGGAAAAAACAAAUCUGCUAAGGCACCAAAAUCAGCUGGGAAAAAAGGAGCAGCCAAAAAACCACCAGAACAGCAGAAUAGUGCAAAACAAGGAACUCUUCUCAAGAAAAGAUCUGAAGAAAAUCUUGAUCAGAAAUUUAUUGAUGAUGAACCUGAUGAUGGGCCACAACAUUACAUCAUCAUAUCGGGUUUUUACAAUCCCAAGUUACUUAUACAGCUAUGUGAACUGGACAUUCACAUAAACACAGUGAUAAGAUAUAGAUGUUCAGAUUAUAACCGAUUUGUUAAUCUGCAGCCAGAAAAAGAUGACUCUUUGCCAAAAGACUCAAGACUUAUAGCUGCUGAAGAGGCUGCAGCUGCUGAAAACAUCCGCAUUAAAACAGGCACCGAGGCAUUUUGGAAUGAGAUUUUCCCUCUUCUGAUGAGUCAACCAGUUGAGUCUCCGCUAAAUCACACACAUGUACAAGACCAAUGGGUUCACGAACCGAUGCCACUUUCAGAAAAAAAUGAGGUUCAGGCUGCUUACUGUGCAGGAUUGUUUGAUGACAUUGCACAUUUAAUGUACGAUUUGGUUGAUAGCAAACGCCAAUAUGAGAACUACAUCAGAAACAUGAAGAUUAUUACAGUUCCUAAAAUUGGUUAUGUUCCCAAGUUAAGCUUGGUAGGACUACCUGAAACGCCUCUUCAUCAAACUGGUCCUUCAAUCUCUGAGUUUAGUUCAGAGGCUCCAAUACAUGUGGACACUCGAUAUUACAAUGACCUCAUGGAAACAAUACCACUUGAAAGUGUCACAAUUCCUGUCAUUAUUCAUUGCCUGAUUGAACAGGUUAUAGCAACAAAUGAACAUAUUGAACCACCAAGUGAAAAACUUAUCCCUCCAACAUCUGAUGGUCUUCAUCAAGAAGUUGCAAAUCAUUUAGGGGAGAUGAUUCAGAAACUCAGCCUUGAUGAAGAAUGUCAGUCAUCUGUGGCUCAUAUGCUCCCUGAAGAAAAAGUCUUUCAGAAAAAGAAACUGCAGAUGCUUAACCAGUAUGAUGCAAUUACAAAAAAGUUCCAUCAUUUGGUUCCAAUUCAUGAUUUUGAUCCAGAGGAAGUGGAAAUGAAAAUGCUGCAAGAAUAUGCUCUCCAUAACAAGCUUCUUUUCCCAGAAGUGUCAGACUCGGAGAAAAAAUCUUUGUCUGCUCGAACUCAGGAAUUUCUGUAUUUUUGCUCAAAAAAAGAUCUUCCAAUGACAGAGAAUCUGUCAUAUUAUGUGGAGUAUCCUGUGGAUAUCAAACUGACUAGACAUGGUUUAUUGACCAAUGCUCAAUGGCAUAAGUCCUAUCUAUCUAUCUAUCUAUCUAUCUAUCUAUCUAUCUAUCUAUCUAUCUAUCUAUCUAUCUAUCUAUCUAUCUAUCUAUCUAUCAAUAUUAUUGUGGAUAAAGUAUUAUGUCAAAAUGUACUGGAAUGUAUGUCGCUUGCCAGUGUGAAUGCUGAAGGGACCUUGGAGCCAGCGACACCAACUUCUGUCAUUGCCUGGGAUUAUCCAUACAGUUUGCUUGAACAGAAACAGUUGAUCAAGCCAGUCAUACGGCAAAACAAUAUUUUAUCAGAGGAUGCUUCUUGUUCAUCUCUCCGAGAAUCUUGUGAUGAGUUUGAGGCAUCUAAUUACACCCAUUCUUCACUAAAGGUCAGCUCUAUAAAUCAGAAAAGUAGUAGGAGUUAUUCACACUUUAAUGAGGUUCAAAGUGGUUCAAGGUUCAUCUCAUCAACAAAUGCAAGUAAGCUGAUCCUCUGA